AUGGUGACCAUUGGUUUUGCAUAUGGGUUCUCUGCGGUUGUCAUCCCUCAGUUGAGAGCAGUUGACUCGAAAAUAAAUGUGUCGAUUUCUGUCGAGUCUUGGAUCGCUAGCACUAUAACACUUUUUGCUCCCAUCGGCUGCAUCCUGGGCGGGUAUUUGAUAGACAAAUACGGGCGGCGCAGCAUGCUCAUCUGCGGACAUGUUCCUCUUAUUAUUGGAUGGGCUUAUACCGCUGUAGCAAGCACUCCGGGAGAUAUUAUUUUAGGUCGAGGUUUUGUUGGUUUCGGCAUUGGUCUAGCGCUGAGUGCUCCGAGAGUGUACAUGACUGAGGUGUGCCUUCCAAACAUGCGCGGCAUCGUCGGCUCCUUCCCCAACCUGGCCAUGGCUACUGGUAUCACAAUCCAGGCCGGUUUAGGUUCUAUCAUACAGUGGACAUCUAUAUCUUCAAUCAAUGCUGUGUAUUCACUGACGCUGUUUAUAGUCAACUGGCGACUGCCCGAGUCACCGUAUUUUCUGCUCAAGCGAGCAUCGGUGGGAGAGGCAGAAGUUUGCCUCAGGAAGUUCCGAGCCAAAGACUACAAUUUCCAACCAGAAAUUGAAGAUCUUAUAGACUUCAAAAACGAUAACGAAAUCCGCAAAUUGACGUUUAAGCAACAGAUGGCAGCUCUAUUCAGCCGCUCGUCGUGCCAACCGUUUUUGUUGAUGACAACCUAUACCCUUUUUGGCGAGCUAUCUGGGGCAUCCGUUGUGUCACUAUGGACCGUUGAUAUGUUACAACUCUAG